GGGUCAGGCGGCUGGGGGGCCUCGCAGGGUCCAGCUUGGCCGAGUUCUUCACCAGGAAUAUGAAGCAAGAACUGGAAAAAUGUGUAAACCUGCACCCCACACAAUGAGACGUAGAAACUUUGAAUUUGAGCCACUUUCAACUACUGCUCUUAUUUUGGAGGAUCGACCAUCGAAUCUUCCUGCUAAAUCUGUAGAAGAGGCUUUACGUCACAGACAAGAAUAUGAUGAAAUGGUGGCAGAAGCCAAAAAGAGAGAAAUUAAGGAAGCACACAGAAGAAAGAAAAUAAUGAAAGAACGCUUCAAACAAGAAGAGAGUAUUGCUAGUGCCAUGGUGAUUUGGGUCAAUGAAAUACUGCCUAAUUGGGAGAACAUGCGUUCCACAAGAAAAGUUAGAGAACUGUGGUGGCAAGGGUUGCCUCCCAGUGUUCGGGGGAGAGUUUGGAGUCUUGCUGUAGGAAACGAACUGAAUAUCACUCCUGAACUCUAUGAAAUCUUCUUAUCUAGAGCCAAGGAGCGAUGGAAGACGUUUGGGGGGACUGCUGCUGAGAAUGAUACAGAAGAUGCUGGAAUAUCAGUUGCUGAUCGGGAGGCUAGUUUGGAGCUAAUAAAAUUGGAUAUAUCCCGCACAUUUCCAUCCCUCUAUAUUUUUCAAAAGGGGGGCCCUUAUCAUGAUCUUUUGCACAGUGUCCUGGGAGCAUAUACAUGUUACAGACCUGAUGUAGGAUAUGUCCAGGGAAUGUCCUUUAUUGCUGCAGUCCUUAUUCUCAAUCUGGAAGAGGCAGAUGCUUUUAUUGCCUUUGCAAACCUGCUGAAUAAGCCAUGCCAACUGGCGUUUUUCCGUGUAGAUCACAGCAUGAUGCUGAAAUACUUUGCAGCUUUUGAAGUAUUUUUUGAAGAAAACCUGCCCAAAUUGUUUCAUCACUUUAAAUCCUAUAAUCUUACCCCUGACAUAUACUUGAUAGAUUGGAUCUUCACCUUGUACAGCAAGUCACUACCCCUUGAUCUGGCUUGUCGAGUCUGGGAUGUGUUUUGUAGAGAUGGAGAAGAAUUUUUGUUUAGAACUGGAUUAGGAAUUCUUAGGUUAUAUGAAGAUAUCCUCCUGCAGAUGGACUUUAUUCAUAUAGCACAGUUUCUAACAAAACUACCUGAGGACAUCACAUCAGAGAAGCUCUUUGCUUGUAUUACAUCAAUCCAGAUGCAAAAUAGUAACAAAAAAUGGGCUCAGGUGUUUGCCUCGUUAAUGAAGGAUAGUAAAGAAGGAGACAAGAACCAUAGUCCAGCACUAAAAAGUUAACUUCAAGUUUAAUUGGAAUAAUUAAAAAACCACUUGAUUGUUAAAGGAUUAUAACAUCUUCUCAAUGAAAACCACUAAGGAGAAACAGCUUGGGAAACUUAAGGAAGAGACAGUAUUUGACUGAAUGCAGUGGUGGGAAUUUGACAGUCUUCACUCUGCUGCCAGUAUUAAAGAGCUUUUUGUGGGAAGAUUCCUUUUCACAGGAAGCAAAACAAUAAAAACUUGUGAAACUGAGAAAAUGGCUAAUGCAUAUUUAAUAUUUAAAGAUGAAUGCAAUAAAAUUUGUAAUAACUUUUGUUGGUACUUAAAAUUUUGAGGGAUAUCUUUUUUUAUGAUUACCACAGAGGCACUUUUGGGAGGAGGGCUGGUGUUUAAAGUAAGGCCCAAAAACUGCUACCUGAACCAAACAUUUUGGUACAAAUACCUCCAAAAUUAACCAGUGACAUCCUUAGGACCAAAUAAGUUUCUGUUUUGUUUUGGUAUACACACUUGCCAGAUAAUAGGAGGCUUUAUGUAUGUUUUGCUAAGCUCCUUUUAAACAGCAGCGCCACUCUUCAGCUAAGUGAAUGUAUCUAAUCUAGAACUGAUGAAGCUGCACCCAGUUGUGCUGCAAAGUCAUUGGUAAAAAGUCUAAAGGUGGCAGUGGUCAAGCAAACUAUUUGGGGUAGGUAGCGUGCUUGUAUAUACAAAUAAUGGUUUUUAAGUACUUGGUGGGCAGCUUUGUUACAGAAAAAUUGGAUUUAUAUUCCAUGAAAUUCAGAUGAAUUUUUGUUUUUUUGUUUUUUAAAAUCACAGUGACUUAUACUUGAUUAUAAACACUAGUAUAAUUAAUAAGCUAGUGGCAAGUCCUUUUGCACAUUUUAAGCAAUGUUAAUAUUGGAAGUUUUGAGUCCCUGUAUAGUAAAAGCUUUUUUUUCUCAUUUAAACUCAAAGUUCAGUAGUUUUGAACCACAGCGUGUACAAUAAUGGAUACCCCCAAAUGCAUACUGUCAGUCCAUUAUCUAUCAGCAUCAUACUGUAAAGGUAAAACCUGGAAGUUUGUCAGCUUCCUUUACACUCCGAAACUUUUUAAAAUGGCUUUUGAACUGGAGGGAGAUUGAAAAGGAUACCUCUUAAGCUCUCUGAACAGCUAAUGUUGCUCUAAGUCCAUUUUGAUAGUAUUAAUGUAAAUAAAAUUGCAUUAUGAUUUUUUGUAUCUGGUCCCUAUAUGUACAAAUGAAGUCAAUGUCAUCAUUGCAUUAAAUAAAAAAAAAAGAACAGAGUGAGACUGCUUUAGUCAUCGAGGGUUAAAAGAAGUUGCAGAACCUGUUUUAAAGAUUUGGCUUGCAGUACAUUGUAAUACUUGCGUUACUAUUAGAUUUAAAGCUACAUUUUAAUAUUACUUACAGCAUACAAUUUGAAGUUGAACUGUCUGUUUUUCCAUAUGUAUUUACUUACUUGGUUCCCGUGUAUGUCCGCUAUUUGGGUUCUCUUGUACAGUUUUCUUACUUUUCAAGUAUAAACAUGUAUAUACAUUGUAAAUAGAAGGGAUUUAGCCUUCUUCCAAGACCACUAGUAACAAUUCCUAUGUAAAUAAAACUUGUAAGCAGAA